AUAUUAAAAAACUCUCCGGAUAUUUUCCGGACGUGUUUUUUCUCCUCUGCAGAUUGGGUUGUCAAAACAUUCGAGGAAGUUUUAAGUGAAUUUUCUUCGCAAAAAUGUCGGCAUUAGUGCUGUGCAAUAGUGCUCAAUUUGCACGACAAAAUGCCGGAAGUCUUGCGGUGCUCUGCACCAAGGCACAGUACUCCACUGAUGCCCCCCGUGCAUUGCGUACCACGAAUUUGGCCGCAAUGAAGCGUGGAACUGGAGGAAGAUCGAGUUUCAAUGGAAUGGUGGCUACAGUUUUCGGCUGCACGGGCUUCAUGGGGCGCUACGUAUGCAACAAAUUGGGCAAGAUUGGCACGCAGAUGAUUCUGCCCUACCGUGCUGAUCACUACGAUGCCAUUCGGCUGAAGGUAACCGGAGAUUUAGGACAAGUACUCUUUCAAUUCUACAGCUUGGAGGAUGAAGAAGCCAUCCGGAAGGCUGUUCGUCACUCAAAUGUCGUGAUAAAUCUCGUUGGACGUGAUUGGGAGACCAAUAAUUUCAACUUUACCGAUGUCCAUGUAAACGGAGCAAGACGCAUUGCAAAAGUUUGCAGGGAAAUGGGCGUUGAGAGACUGAUUCAUGUCUCUGCCCUUAAUGCUAGUCCCAAUCCCGAGCCCUUGAUCCUCAAGGAGGGCAGCAAAUUCCUCAAGAGCAAGUACUAUGGCGAAUUGGCAGUGCGAGAGGAAUUCCCCGAGGCUACAAUCUUCCGGCCAUCGGACAUUUACGGGCAGGAGGACAGAUUCCUUCGGUACUACGCUCAUGUCUGGAGGAGGCAAUUGCGUGGAAUGCCACUUUGGCACAAAGGUGAAAAGACCAUCAAACAGCCAGUUUUCUGCUCGGACCUUGCCCAAGGCAUUGUAAAUGCUGCCAAGGAUCCAGAUACCGCUGGAAAAGUCUAUCAGGCCAUUGGUCCUCGUCGCUACUACCUGUCGGAACUUGUGGAUUGGUUCCAUCGUGUGAUGCGCAAGGACUAUGACAUGUGGGGCUACAUUCGCUACGACAUGCGUUGGGAUCCAACAUUUAUGCUCAAAGUCAAACUUACCGAAGCCAUCUGUCCAUCCUUCAAGGUGGGUGAUCUUCAUUCUGAGCGCGUUGAGAGGGAGUAUGUGACCGAUGUUGUUCUUCCAUCAAUUCCCACUCUUGAGGAUUUGGGCGUGACACUGACAAAGAUGGAGGAUCAGAUUCCAUGGGAAUUGCGUCCAUAUCGCGCUGCUCAGUACUACGAUGCCGAAUUGGAUGAAUUUGAGAAACCAGCACCGCCAAAGUACAUUGAGGCGUCUGGAAGAGUUUAAAAGGCAGAAUUUUGUUUUGGCAUAAAUUUUAUUUUAUCUUCUCGGAAAAUUUGUUAUGGAGCGGAACACAGCUAGAGUUUCUGGGUGAAUCUCUGGCAUUGGAGUUUUUGAGAGAGGAAAUUUAACUGUAUCUUUUAGCGCGAAAUAUUACAUAGAUUCAGAUUAAAA